UAGAGCGUUACUUUCACUUUCUCUCUUAUGUUGAUCAACUUUAUCUGCGAUGGUUAGAUAUUGUUGUGUGCCUGGUUGUGUGCGAUCUAAUGGCCACAGAUUCCCAAAAGAUGCUGCAUUACAAUUAAAGUGACGUGUAGCUAUAAAACGAGAGGAUCCUAAAGACGAAACAGCUAUGGUGUCCCGGGAAAGAAGAUGUAGUUUACCACUACCAUUUCCAGAAGUCCGACUACCGAGUCACGGAGUCGGGUACAUACAGUCAGUGCAAUGCAAGACAGAAUUUUCAGUAUAAUUUUCAGUACAGGAUCUCCUAAUACACAGCCCUUUGCCUGCAGCAAAAUGAUGUAACAUCAGCAAUACUGCAGCUAAAUGUUUACAGGUCCCAUGGGGCCCUCUGCCUGCUGGACAUUCACAGUGAGAAUUUAAAAUAUCACCUGUGUCAUCUAUCUACAGUUUGAAGUUGUAUGUGACCUAACAAAAACAAAAGAAAAAAGAUCAAAAUUAGUACAAUGUUGCAGGACAAAUAUUUAAAUUGAUUGAGGUUUUACGUCGUUUUAGCAAUAUUUCAGCCAUUUUACAGAUAUUUAAAUAUCUAAAAGAGAAAGUUUAUGAUGAUUUUUAUUGUUGUUAUUUACAGUUGAAUUGGGUUUCUUUAAUCAACUGUGUUUGUCCUAUGACAAGGAUCAACAUUUGCCUAAGCUUGGAAUAUUGUUGAGAUGAAUAUUUCAAAGUUGUGUUGACAUUUGAAAGAAAUGUGGGGAACUCCCUCAGACUUAUCAAACAAGAAAUGAAAAAGAAUUUCCUAAAAUAUUCUAUAGUAUUGUAAAUAGGCUAGUGAAUAUAAUUAAACCUGUUGACAUUUGUACUAAGUAUUUGUUGAUUUGGCUGUUAAACAGUGAAAGUUCAUUUUAAACAAGAUUCGUAAUAUUUAAACAGUUUAUAGCAUAUCAUAUUGUCCAUACCCGUGUUUCAUGGCUGCACCAACAAUGCCAGUAAAAAAUGGUGCCUGGUAAUGUCUCACAAAAGAUGCUGCAAGAAUUCUGUCACUCUCAAGGAGUGCUUUGCCUUUCUCAAUAGCCCUUGUAACGUAUAUGCAUUGUAUAUAUCAAACUCUGAGAUAAUCCCUGUUUACCGCACACACUGAUAACCACGUGUUUGCAUACUCUUUAAUAACAUGUACUCGGCAUUCUGAAAUAAACUGAUGUAGAGACAAGACGCAUUCUGUUAUACUGUACUACUUUACAUGGUGUCAGAAGUAAAAGUACUAAGUGAAACUUCUGUAUGUGUAUCUCUGGAUAUUUGUCACCAUGAGCAAUCACGAAGAUAAUGCUGCUACUGCUCCCUCUAUUCCUGUCUUUGUGAAUCCAAACAUUCCAAUACCUGGAAAACUGGAUCUUAAAGGAAACCUGUGCACGAACUGGAAAAAGUUCAAGCGGAUUUGGAGCAAUUAUGAAACAGCGUCUACUCUCAAGGAAAAAGACAAGGAGGUGAGAACUGCUACCUUUCUUACUUGCAUCGGAGCUGACGCUCUGGAUAUUUUUGAUGGUCUUCAGUUUGACUCUGAAGAUGACAAAAAAGACAUAGACAAAGUUCUAGAAAAAUUUGAAUCCUUCUGCAUUGGACAGACCAAUGAAACUUAUGAAAGGUACACUUUCUACAAACGAGACCAAGAAAUCAAUGAAAACAUUGACACUUAUGUGGCAAUUCUCAGAUCUCUAGCGAAAACCUGCAAAUUUGAUGCUCUAGAAAACGAUAUGAUCCGAGACAGAAUUGUACUUGGAAUCCGUGACAAUGGAACACGCAAAAAGCUACUGCAAGAAGCAAAACUGGACCUAAGAAAAUGCGUUGACAUAUGCAGAGCAAACGAAAAGUCAACAUCGCAACUUAAAACCAUGGAGGAAGUUCACGCUGUCAAAUUCAAAACCAUGCGAAAAACUAAACCGCUGAGAACAACACAAGCGCACAGAAAAGAUUUCAAACAAGUCCCAGAAACAAAAGUUCAAAAGGAAUGUUUAUAUUGCGGUAAAGAGCACCUCUUCCGUAAGGAAUUGUGUCCAGCAUGGGGAAAAACAUGCAGGAAGUGCAAUAAAAUGAAUCAUUUUUCAUCAAAAUGUCUGCAGACAAAGCCGAAAUCAAAACGGGAACAUGUAAAACAAGUCAACCAGGAAUCCAGUGACGAGGAAUUCAUCCUCAUGAUCGAAAAUGUUAAUGCCAUUGAGAAAAAGAUUUUUGCAGAAAUCGAAAUUGGAAAUGAUACAGUGAAAUUCCAAUUGGAUUGCGGAUCAACCGUAAACGUUCUACCCGAGAAAAUUUACAAAGAAGUCUGUAAUGACCCCUAUCUCAGGAUGUUACAAAAGGCAGACAUGACUCUGGUAAUGUUUAACAAGUCGGAAUGCCAACCCCUUGGAAAACGGCGAAUAAGCGUCCGCAACCCCAAAAACAAUAAAAAAUACAACAUAGAAAUUGUUGUGGUCGAAGGAAAUCUUAAUCCUAUUCUCGGAGCAAAGGCUGUACAAGGAAUGAAAAUGAUAACUGUCAACACAGAAAACAUAGCAGCCAUUGAGUCAGCCUCCCAAAGCAACUUCAUCAUUGAAAAAUACAGUGACGUAUUUAAUGGCCUGGGUAAACUGGAUGGAAAAUUACACCUCGAUGUUGACAAAUCAGUUACGCCAGUAAAACUACCAACAAGAAAAGUCCCGAUUGCAAUGAAGGCACCGUUAAAAUCUGAAAUCGACAGACUGUCAGAUUUAGGCGUUUUGGCUCCAGUAACAGAACCGACUGACUGGAUAUCGUCAUUGGUGGCUGUACGGAAGCCCAGUGGGAAAAUGCGUCUGUGUAUAGAUCCCAAACCUCUGAACAAAGCGCUAAAGAGAAAUCACUAUGCAACACCAACUAUAGAUGAUAUUUUGCCAGAACUAAGCCAAGCCAGAAUUUUUUCUGUAGUAGACUGCAAGGAUGGCUUUUGGCAUAUUACUCUCGAUGAUGAGAGUAGUUUUCUCACAACAUUCGGAACCCCUUGGGGUAGAUAUCGAUGGCUCCGCAUGCCAUUCGGUAUUAAACCAGCAAGCGAAGAAUUCCAGCGGAGAAUGGAUGAAGCUCUAUCUGGUAUACAUGGAAUCAAAGCGAUUCAUGACGACAUAGUCGUAUACGGUUGUGGAAACUCGGAUGACGAGGCCAUACGUGAUCACGACAAAAAAUUAUCUACCUUGCUAGAGAGAUGCAGGGAGAAAGGGAUAAAAAUCAACAAAGACAAAAUGAAACUAAAAUUGCGAUCCGUGUCAUAUUUAGGACACAUUAUCUCAAGCGAUGGACUCAAAGUUGACCCCUUAAAAAUCAAGGCAAUCACUGAAAUGCCAAGACCUAAAUGCAAAGCAGACAUACAACGUUUACUAGGAAUGGUAAAUUUUGUCCAGAAAUUCGCGCCAAAUCUCUCGGAGAUAACAGCACCCCUCAGAGACCUACUAAAAGCAGAAUCGGAAUUUGUGUGGGACAAUGCUGUACAUGGCAAAACAUUUGACGAAUUGAAAAAACUACUAUCUACGAGUCCUAUACUUCGUUUCUUUGAUCCUAACCUACCGACGACGGUACAGUGUGACGCAUCUGAACGCGGACUAGGAGCCUGUCUCAUACAAAAUGAGCAACCCGUUGCAUAUGCAUCCCGUGCAUUAACGCCUACCGAAGUCAACUACGCACAGAUUGAAAAGGAACUACUCGCUGUUCUCUUUGCCAUGGAACGCUUUGAGCAUUACACACUUGGACGGAAAGUAAAAGUGGAAUCAGACCACAAACCACUAGAAAUCAUCAGCAAGAAAAGUUUAGUUUCCGCUCCUAAACGUCUUCAACGAAUGCUCUUGCGUCUUCAGAAGUUUGAUUACGAGAUCACAUACAAACGAGGUCUUGAAAUGUAUCUUGCUGAUACACUGAGUCGAGCCUAUCUGCCAACUGUACAGAUACAAAGAAAUGAUUCUGAAGACAGAGUACUCGCCAUUACCGACCGUGCAAAAUCUGAAAAAGAUGCAGAGUCCGUUACAAUGAGUGAAUACGUCACCAUCUCGUCCGAAACUCUAAAGAAAAUCAAAUCUGCAAACUCGCGUGAUGAAACAAUGCAAAAGCUGUACAAAACAAUCAAAGAUGGUUGGCCGGAGCGAGAUGAACUGACACCCGAUAUACAGAUCUUCUACACAUUCAGAGACGAAUUGACUUCACAGGAUGGUUUAAUUUUCAAAGGAGACCGCAUUGUUAUUCCACCUACAUUGAAAGGUGAAAUUCUUCAAAAGGUACACUCCAGCCACAUUGGUAUUCAAGGAUGUUACCGUAGAACCAAAGAAUCACUAUAUUGGCCAAACAUGAUGAAAGAUAUCGAAUCUUUUAUCAAGGAAUGUCCAGUCUGCGCUACCAUACAGGGUGAGCAAGGCAAAGAAACUCUCAUUUCGCAUGAAAUUCCCGAUAGACCAUGGCAGAAAAUUGGAACUGACCUCUUUCAAUUUGAUGACAAACAAUAUCUCAUCACUGUUGAUUACUAUUCCGAUUUUUUUGAAAUUGAUCGUCUACAUGAUAAAAAAUCAAAGGAAGUCAUCACCAAACUCAAGGCACAAAUGGCCAGACACGGAAUUCCUGAAAUUUUGAUUUCAGACAACGGCCCGCCUUACAAUAGCAAGGAAUUUGCUUAUUUCUCAGAGAACUAUGAGUUCAAGCAUACUACGUCAUCGCCAUUGUACCCAAAAUCUAAUGGGAAAGUUGAAAAUGCAGUUAGAAUUGCAAAAAACCUAAUGAAGAAAUGCCAAUUAGAUAAAAGCGAUCCUUUCCUCGCUCUAUUAGAUUGGAGAAAUACUCCCUCUGAAAAUAUUGGAACUUCUGCAGUUCAACGACUAAUGGCACGCCGUACAAGAACUCUGCUACCAAUCAAAACCGAACUUUUGAAACCAGCCCUAACCCCAAAUGUCAAAGAGCGAUUGAGAGAACGGAAACAUAGAUCAGCAUUUUACUACAAUCGCACAGCGAAAGACCUACCAGAGAUUAAAAGUGGGGAAACCGUGAGAAUUCGACCUUUUGGACAUGAAAAAAAUUGGACGAAGGCAAAGGUCAACGAAAAAGUAAACAUCCGCUCGUAUCAAGUGAUCACGGAGGAUGGUCGCCUCUAUCGACGAAACAGAAAACAUUUGCGUUGCACAAAUGAGCCAUUUGUCGAAAAUAACGAGGUAGUGACAGAUAAGACCGUUAGCACAGCCGAAAACACACCACCAUCAGCAGAUAAGACUACAAUUGAAAAUCAUAAACCACCGUCAGCAGAUAAGACCAAUUAUGCUCUGACUUCAACCAGGAGAUCUACCAGAGAAAUUAAAUUGCCGAAACGAUACGAGGACUUCAAAAUGUAUAAGUGAUUAUAUAAAGUGAUGAGGCAUAAUAAUCCUCAAAUAUAUAUAUAUAGUGUAAAUAUAUAUCCCGAUAUUUUAGAGACAAAAGAUAGUUCUUAUUUUUAUCAUAACUCUGAAUUAUUAAUUUAAUUCAUAACACUUUGUUAAUUUUGCAGUAUUUUUUCACUCUCUUAUAAUGUAAAAUAAGAAUAAUUAAAGAAGGGGGAUGUAACGUAUAUGCAUUGUAUAUAUCAAACUCUGAGAUAAUCCCUGUUUACCGCACACACUGAUAACCACGUGUUUGCAUACUCUUUAAUAACAUGUACUCGGCAUUCUGAAAUAAACUGAUGUAGAGACAA